AUGACCAGUGCAAUUACGAACGCCGCUAUGCAGGUCUUCACUGCUGCCACGCAGACCGCUAAGAUCGCAGACCUCCAAAGAGACAUAAUCGACCCGUCCACGAAGCCGACAAAAGGGCUCACAAACGACCAUGGUGUCUUCGUCUCCGACACCGACAACUGGCUCAAGGCGCAGGACCAUGGCACUGUCGGGCCAUCUCUCCUGGAAGACCACAUGGCCCGAGAGAAGAUUCACCGUUUCGAUCACGAGCGGAUCCCUGAGCGCGUCGUGCAUGCUCGCGGUGUGGGCGCUCAUGGCUACUUCAAGGUGUACAACGACAGCGCUGCCAAGUACACGUAUGCGCCAGUCUUGACAGACUCUUCGAGAACAACUCCGGUCUUUGCGCGAUUCAGUACUGUCCAAGGGUCUCGCGGAAGCGCUGACACCGUACGCGACGUUCGCGGGUUCGCAGUCAAAUUCUACACCCAGGAAGGAAACUGGGAUAUAGUCGGCAAUGACAUUCCAGUCUUCUUCAUUCAAGAUGCGAUCAAGUUCCCAGACUUCGUCCACGCGGUUAAGCCAGAGCCCCACAACGAGGUGCCCCAAGGACAAAGCGCGCACAACAACUUUUGGGAUUAUGUGGGACUACAGCCCGAGUCCGCGCACAUGAUUAUGUGGGUAAUGUCCGAUCGCGGCAUCCCUCGGUCGCUUCGCAUGAUGCAAGGUUUCGGCGUCAAUACAUACAUGUUAAUGAACGCUAAAGGAGAGCGUUACUUCGUGAAAUUCCACUUCCUACCGGAGCUUGGCGUUCAUAGCCUGGUGUGGGACGAGGCGCUGAAAUUGGCUGGGCAGGAUCCCGAUUUCCAUCGCAAAGACCUCGAAGAGGCGAUUACAACAGGUGCUUAUCCGAAGUGGAAGUUUGCUAUUCAGACCAUUCCGGAGGCGCGCGAGCACGACUUCGAAUUCGAUAUUCUCGAUGCGACGAAAGUUUGGCCCGAGGAGCUCAUUCCUCUGGAGAUUAUCGGCGAGAUGGUGCUGAACAGGACGGUCGAUGAAUAUUUCCCGGAGACGGAGCAAGUCGCGUUUUGUACUUCCCAUGUUGUUCCCGGUAUCGGCUUCAGCAACGACCCUCUACUCCAGGGCAGGAAUUUCUCUUACCUGGACACGCAGCUCACGCGCCUCGGAGUAAACUGGCAAGAGCUUCCGAUAAACCGCCCUGUCUGUCCGGUUCUCAACUUCCAGCGAGACGGGCAACUCAGGCACAAGAUUACGAAGGGCAGUAUCAAUUACUGGCCUAACCGUCAAGGUAUCGGAAGGCCGGUACCUACGAGCGAGGGGGGCUACGCUGAUUUCCCUCAGGCAGUUCAAGGUAUCAAGCUGCGCGAGCGUGGUCACAAGUUCCAGGAAUACUUUGAUCAGGCGCAGCUGUUCUACAACUCUCUUGCUCCGCACGAGAAAGCACACGUCGUUGCUGCCAUCUCUUUCGAGCUCAGCCAUUGCGACGAUCCCGUUGUGUACGAGACAUACUCCAAAAUCCUGAACAACAUCGACUUUGACCUCGCUAGAGAAGUGGCCACCAACGUUGGCGGCAUUGUUCCAGAUCGACCUGCUCGUCAAAAUCACGGAAAGUCGACACCGACAUUGUCCCAGCUUUACUAUGCGCCCAAGGAACCGACGAUUGUCUCGAGGAGGAUUGCGAUCCUCUUAGCUGAUGGGUUCUCCAUGGCAGAGGUCGAAGGCCUAAGGGCUGCAUUCAAGGCAGGCCAGGCGACGACGUGGAUUAUUGGGCCGAGACGAGGAUGGAUCCACCCGAAGGGGGAGGGCUCGGGAUCUAGCGUAGGUGUAUGGGCUGACCAUCACUUCGAGGGACAAAGGAGUACGAUGUACGAUGCAUUUAUCAUCCCGAGCGGUCCCGAACAUGCGCAAAACUUGGCGCAAAACGGCAGGACUGUUCAUUGGAUUAGGGAGGCGUUCGGUCAUUGCAAGGCGAUCGGUGCGCUGGGUGAAGGAGUGACCUUCUUGCGCGAGGCUGUCCAGCUUCCAGGAGUGCAAUUUGCCCAUGAUCUCAGGAGCAACUCCGUCACGAACUCGUACGGCGUUGUUACCGCGGGGACCUAUGACGCGGGGUCGAUCGUCGCUGAUACUCUGAGGAUCGAGCAAGACAGCAAGGGCUUCAUCUCCACAUUCGCGUUGGCGGUCAGCAAGCAUCGCUGCUAUGAGCGCGAGCUGGAGGGAUUGACUGCGAAGGUAGCAUACUAAGACAGAAUGCCAUGGGUCGGUGAAUCCUGUAGUAGUGCUGCAAUCGGGCUUUUUUUAGAGGUG